CGACCUAAGUGGUGCAAAUAAAUGCAUAGAAAGCUGUGACGCGUUGCAGCUGUGACCCGCGCGCUGGCGGGCUGCAACCUACAGCGUUGCCACACAGCAGGAUGAUGCUGCCGGCGCUCCGCAGAGCCUGCACUGCUUCACGGCUCCGCCUCGCCUCGCGCUACGCAUCGGAUUUCGGUAGGCGAAAUGGCGGUGCCAUCGCGAACAAGGCGUCAAUCCUCUCAGACGUCGACGACGCGCUGACGGGCGGGCGACCGCCAGACCUCGAAGUGCUGCUCGCCGAUCAUCUGACAGCGGUGGACUCGCCGGCGGCUGAAUGGGCGCACACGCUCUUCCUGCGCUACGGCCACGUGUCCGUCCGAUACACGACGUCAGAUGGCCGGCAACGCGUCAUGAACAUUCUCGGAGGCGUCGAGGGCGCCGACAUGGUGAAUAUGGUGGAGCCAAGCGAUUAUCUCUACGGCACCCAUGGCUGGGACACGUACGCGCAGCAGGGCGGCGCCUACAACCGCGACUUCGUGGGCGUCCGAGUGGAGCGGUGUGCACCGGGCGCCAUCGACGCUUUGCACGCGUAUUACGAGGCCCUGAACAAGCGCUCGCACAUCGAAGACGGGGGCGCGCAGUUCCAGCUCGUCGACGCGCGGCUCUCGACGUUGGCAGCGCAAUUGCCGCCGCCGCUCGGCCGGCUGGUCGCGGGCGCGGCUGGUCAGCUGAAGAACGCGACGGAGUUCCUCGUGCGCGGGAAGCGGUCCGCACCCGGGGCGAAGGCGCAUCAAAUCGUGGCCGACGAGUUUCGUCAUGCCAGAAAGACCGCGGGCAACUGCGCGCAGUGGACGUCUUCAGGAAUAGUAUUUGCCGGGCUAAUCCCCCGCACGCGCUUGUUCCCGAAAUCUAUUCUCAUCGACUUGCUGGAGAGCGAGACGCGGCACGGGCGCGAAAAGAACGUGCACGUUAUAUUAUACGAGCACGUCAAGGCCGCGCCGCCGUACCUCGAGGGCUUCCGGUUCAAGCGACCGGCGUUCGUGCAUCCGCUCUCGCCGGCACGAAAUCUGAUUUACUCAAAUAUGCGAGACUUCGCCGAUAUUAUCGUGAGCGUGAAGGACGAGAGGGCAGUCGUCGACAGGAUGAAGAGCCCGCGCCGGCCGCCACCCUGGCUUCCCAUGUGGCGCGCCGCGUCGGUCGGCGGCCCGACUUUGAUACUCGUCGGCGCCGUCGACCACAUCGGGCCCAUGGGCCCCGUCGCCGCCGCGGUGUGGCUCGGGAUGUGUUGGUGGUUGUAUUAAAUAAGUACUGUUACACAAAAUU